UGUUCUUGCCACGCAUACUUUUCAAACAGCAAGAGCGCUCAUAACUUUUCAUUUCUUCUACGGCAACGUUUACCUCUGCCAAGACGGGUGUUAAACCCUGGCCAGUCGACUUCCGACUCGCGCUCCUUGCGCUGCUGUUGCAGCAGGGGAAGGCGCCUUAACAGAAUGUUGUUGAUAGCAGCGGCAGGAGCCGCGGUAGCCUGGCGCGCCUUGGCCAUCAAGGCUCGCUCUGGUAAAGGAGUUGUAGCUGUUACUCAAGAUGCGCUUGGUAAGGAUGCGACAAGUCAGGCGCAAACAAUAGCCGAGCUUGUCGAUUUCCGUGGAAUGCUCACUUCAAGCCUUGAAGCUGGGGAGCUUGAGCAUGACAUCGACGCUGUCAACCACGCCCUAUACUGCGGCGAAGAGGCUCUGCCCUGGCUCAUGGAGCUGCUGGAGUCGGACGACCAGGACACCUUGAGCGAAGUCGCGGAGAUCCUGGCCCUCUUGUCGCCCUCCCGCCGCGGCUUGCAAGGCUGCAUUGUCGAGGCAGGCUCCGUGCGCCCACUGCUGGACUUGCUGGCGUCGUGGUGCGCCCCCCCUGCCGCUGCAACCCCGCUGGCUCCCGCUGACGGCCAGAGCGACGGCACCUGUGACACCAGCAGUGCGGCCACGGGCGCACACCCGCCACUUACAGCAUGGAGGGCGGCGCCGCACGUGUUGGCGCCGGUGCUGCGGACGCUGGUAAACCUGACCAGCAACCCUCGCAUCGGCAAUCCCGUGCGGCAGGCGGUGCUGCGGCACAGCGGCGCCGUGGACGCCCUGCUGCUGCUGCUGAGCCCGCCGCAGCCGGAGCCGCAGCUGGAGCCGGUUCCGGAGCCGCAGCUGGGGCCGGAGGCCUACGCGGCAGGCUGCAGUGGAGAGGCUUCCGCCGCUCACAGCAACAGCAAACGCAACAGCAAUGGCCCUAGCAGCACCAGCAGCAACAGGAGCCACUGGCAGCUGGCGGGCCUGGCGGCCUGGCUGGUGGCGCACCUGUGCGGCGGCCCGGCGGGGCAGAUCGCGCUGCAGGCAGACCGCGGCGUGGUGCCGCUGCUGGUGCGGCUGGUGCGGGCGGCGCGGCGGCGCUGGGAGCAGGUGGCAACGCAGCUGGAGCAGCAGAUGCACCAGCAACAGCAGCAGCAGCAGCAGCAGCAGCAGCAGCAGCAGCAGCGGCGGAAACAGCAAGUACAGAUGCGGCGGGAGCAGGGGCGGCUGAAGGACGGACAGCAUGAGGCGGCGGCCGCGGAGGUAGAGGAGGUGUCGGAGAGCGGGGUGGAGAGUGGGGCUGAGGCAAGCUGCGGCAGCAGCAUUGGCCAGAGCGAGGGCGACUCGCGGAGAAGCAGCACCAGCACCAGCACAAGUUGCAGCAGCCGCAGUGGCAGCGUCGGCGAAAGUCCAUGCAGCCGCAGCUGCCAUGUCAGUGCCGGGGGCGCCAGCACCAGCGCCAGCACCAGUGCCAGCACCAGCACCAGCACCAGCACCAGCACCAGCACCAGCACCAGCACCAGCACCAGCACCAGCACCAGCACCAGCACCAGCACCAGCACCAGCACCAGCACCAGCACCAGCACCAGCACCAGCACCAGCACCAGCACCAGCACCAGCACCAGCACCAGCACCAGCACCAGCACCAGCGCCAGCACCAGCGCCAGUGGCUGCCGUACACGUGCUUGCAGCACCUGCGUCCCUGCGGGCGGCCGUGCCCAUGUCUCUUCAGCCAUCCUCGCCCACGGCGCCUCGUUGGUACACACAGCCUCCAACUCGGCCCUGUGCGACAUCGCCGCGGCGGCAGCCGCAGCGGCGGCUUCAGCCACGGCCGGGGCUGGCGGUGACUGUAGCAGCGCCUCCGCCACCGCCACGGCAGCUGCUGCUGCGGCGGCUGAGCUGCCGUACGUACUGGCGGCGCUGCAGUACAGUCUGAUGGCGCUGGUCAACGUCACGUUUGACCACAGCGCUAAUCAACGCGCCGCCGCGGUGGCAGGCGCGCUGCAGGAGCUACAGCCGCUGCUGGCGGCGCUGCUGCGUCCAGGCGUGCUACUGCCGGUUCAGGGCGAGGGUGGGAAUGAGAACGAGAGCGAGGACGGCGACCAGCCCCUGCUGCAGCCGGACGCAUGGAAAGGGUACGGUUCCGGGCCCGAGGGGCAGGAGGAGGAGGAGAUGGGGAAGGCCGAGCACGAGCUGCAGCGCAGUCAGCAGGAUCUGCAGUUAUGGCCGGCUGCAGUGCGGCUGUGUUGCCAGGGAGUUGCCAAGUUUGGGGUGUGGCUGCUGGCGCACCUGUCCUCGAGCGACCCAGACCUCAAGGCUGCUAUCACCGGCCCCGGCUUCGCCUUCGUGCCGCAGCUGCUCGUCUUCCUCACCAUGCAGCGCCGCGCCCGCGGAUCCGCCGCUCCUGCUUGUCCUGCUGCUGCAGCCGGCACAGCCGCUGGCACCGCUGCCGGCCUCCUGCCUGCCGGCGCCUGCUGCCCGGGCCUGGUGGUGGUGCAGCAGUAUGCGGCCAUGUGUCUGGUGAACCUCACCUGCGGCGUUCCCGCCACAAAGGCGGCGGUGGCGGCGGCGGUGGACUGGGCCGGCAUGGGCAAUCUGCUGACGUGGCUGGCGGCUGCGGCGCAGGAGGCCGCGGCAUCAGAGGCGGCGGCAGCCGCGGCGGUGGCGGGUGGACAGGGCGGCGGCGGCAGUGGGAGUGAGGGUGCAGGGGCGGGUCCAAGUAGCACAGCUGCGGCUGGAGGAGCGGCGGCGCGCGAGGCGGAAACGAUUGCGGCCGCGGCUGCGGCUGCGGCGCUGUCGGGUGGUCACCCGCAGCCGCUGCACGCGCCGCCGCCAGCCACCACCACGACCACCAACACUACCACGGCAGCGCAUGGCUCCGGUUCCAGCGCGCCUACCGCCCCCGCUUCUGUGGCCACUGCAGCCGCUGCUGCUACCGCGGCCGCCACGUCGGACCUGCGGCUGUACACCACGUGGCUGAUGCAGCACCUGUCGCUAUCGCCACUGGCGGCGGCGGUCAUGGAGCCGGGCUGCGUGGUGCCGCCGCUGGUGGCGCUGAUGUCGGCGCCCGACGCGCAUGUGCGCCUGCGUUCUGCCGCGGCCCUGGGGGCGCUCUGCUCCGCCGCCGGCAGCGUGGCCGUGCCUUCGCAGUCACAGCCGCAGCUGACAGGCUCUCGGGACGCGCCAGCAGCAGUUGCGGCCAGCGGCGUCACAGCUGCAGAAGCGGCGAGCCCAGCGAGCAAUAGCGCCAAUCCUGCUGGUGCAGCUCCCGCCAUUGCCACAGCUGCUACAGCAACCACAGCAGCCGCGCCUAGUGCUGUGUCGCACACGCUGGUGUCUGUGGGCGCCCGCCACCGUGCCGCCUUCCUGGCGGCCGGCGGCGUGCGGCAGCUGGUGGCGGCGGCGGCGCGGGAGCGCGACCCGCACCUGCUGGCCUACCAGAUGCUGGCGCUCAGCUCGGCGGUGGGCGAGGACGACGCGGCGGCGGUGGCGGAGGCGGUGGGCGCGGGCGCGCUGGGGGUGCUGGAGGUGCUCCUGGCGUCAGACGCCGCAGCCUGCAUCGUGCCGGCGGCGGAAACGCUGCAGGCGCUGGCUAACGCGGUGCGCUGCGCUGCCGCCGCCUCCGGCGCCUCCGGGGCCACGGCCGGGGCCACGGCCGCGGCCGCGGCGGCGGACGUGCUUCCUCGCAGCCUGCUGGGCCGUGUGGUGGCGGUGAUGCUGACGCACGGCGACCCGCGGGUACGGGCGGCGCUGAACGAAGCGCUGGGUGCGGUGACGGCGCUGCCGGGGGUGCGGGAGCGCUACUGCGCCGUGUUCGCGGAGACGCUGCGGGACCUGGUGAGCGCCGCGGAGGUGGAGCUGCGCGUCAUCCCCGUCAACUGAUGACGAUGCGGUUGGAAAGGAUUCAGGAGGAAGGCAUUUGAGCCGGAACGGCGGCUGGGCGCCGUGCACAAAUGCUAUGUUAGAACUGUGUGCUUCUAUGUGUGCGUCGCGCGGUUGAGCCGUUCAUGCUGCACGGGUUUCCCGGGCAUUGAACGGGCCACGACCCCAUGUGCAGCACGUGUGCGGAGGCUUCGGAUAGGCUUCGUCGAUAACGGCUUCUCCUUUGUGUCUUGUUUUCCUUUCAACCUGUAUGAGUGUAAUUUUAGAAACGAGGGCCGGUACUGUGAAUAUACAAGGAGCGUUUUGGUACCAUUGCGACAGCUUCCGCGUGUUACGAGUUGACAAGAAAAGAUGCGUGCAUGCCAUGGCUAACGUGUGCGUUUCCCGUGACUGCAUGCGCGAGAGGCGCUCAGAUUGAUGAGCUGUAUAUGGAAAGUGAGACGCCGCCCGUUUUUGUCCUGGCUGGGUGCAAGAAGUGUUUUGAUGAGAGGAAGACUCCCAAGCAGCGAUGCAACCUUUAUGCAGUGGGCCAGUGGAGUGCUCGAGUUCUGGGGCGGGGAUUCCAUCCUGGAUGCGUGACGAUGGGACUGCUUGAUUGCAUGGGAUGCGAUGCUUCGUAUACAAUGCCAUGGCACCGGCGUAGUACGUGCAGAUGCUGCUGUACAUUCUCCUAUAUUUCCGGUCCGGCUGAUUUUGCUUUUGCAUGCUGCAACGUAGCUCGGAAUGUGCCAUAUUUGGCCCACUUUUGGCCCAGACCGCUACAGUGCUUCCUAGGCGCCCGCACUUGACAAAAUAUUGACAUAUACACUAUAUAUGAUUAUUGCACGGGUUGGGGAUAAAAAGGGUGCGCUGGGCGAGUGGAUUCUGGGGACCGGGUUUUGGGGGGAAAACUGAGGGGCGACCCCAAAUUGGCCCACCGGGCCGCGAGACGUUUUGGUCAUCCCUGCCGGCGAUUUGCCGAUUUCGAUACCCUAUAGAUGUCAUAUGAGGAUUGUUGCAACCGUCCAGGUAGGAUUGGGAGUGUUCUGGGUGCACAUCGCUCCUUAAAUGCUCAACAUGUUGUUUUGUUUGUCGUCUGCAGGCGCAUUCUGGCGUGCACUAAUCACUUAAGGACAAACAUCAACAGAUACUAAAUGCGCAGACCAGUUAGCCUGCAGUCCGUCUGCUCCACACGCCAUAUCUCGCAUAGGCGGUGUUUUGUUCCUAGAUUUCAUGCCGUCGAGUUAUCUGCAUACUAAGAUGUAAGCUAGAUAGCUUCGAGCCGAAUUGGCGGGGUCCUAGCAAGCGCGACAUUUGACAUUUUGACUUCGGUUCUCGCUAACAUUCACAUCCAGAAACUGUUCAGAGACCUUUAUGUAUGUCACAUAAUGCCAUUUCGAUGCUAUAGGGGCCUGUACUCAUGCAGUCCCCAGGCACUCGCCGAAGUGGCAUCCGCCGCACCGAGCCCGGCAGGGCCAGCCCUUGUUUGCCCAUUCAAGCUCGCAAAGCUAUCACUUACACGUAAGGGAUAAUUUAUAUGCAGAGAACCGGGUUGUCAGGCAGGCUUUCGAGAACCAGGGCGUGGACUCUGGCGAGUGGGCCAAAUAAUCGGGCGGGCGCGCGGGGUCGUUUUCGGGGACCGGUCGGGAAUCGCCCUCUUACUGGCCUCGCAGUCCUUGGAUAAUCCUAAUAUAAUAUAAGCAUGCAAAAUUAAAUCAGGCAGGCUCUGAAUCCGUGCGGGCCAGCCGCACGGGCAAGUGGGCCAAAUUGGGGUAGGCUGGCAAUUAGGCACAUUCCGAGCUACCCGCAUUCUCUUGAUGACGGCGGCGCAGCAUGACUGUGGGGCAUGGGCUGGUGAAGUUGUACCGCUUAGGUCUGGGGUUCAAUGGGAGUGCCGCCUGUCAUAGCGACGUGCAGAAAGAGAGAGCAUUGCGACUGAAGAGACGAGAGUCAAUAAAUGGCCGCGUGCGGGCACCGCGCGGCAUGGCAGGGCGGCGCCCGCUUGCAUGCAUGCACGGGUCUGAGGCAUCCCAGCGAUGGCGAAGUGCUGCAGCUUUUUGGGAUGGGUGCAUAUCAGCAGGAGUGACUGACCGUGCCGCAAGGGGUACACGCAUGUUCAUCGGGUUUCCUGGCUUGGAAUCGAUAGCGAUGAUUUAAUCACUGCAGUGCAUGGGAUACAAUAUUUCCAGCGGGGCCCUGAGAUGAUACUGAUGGCAAAGCUAUGAUAUGACGGUAUCGUUGCGCACUACACCUAAAUGUGCAAGGCUAUGGGCUCUAUGACUAUGUUACAAUCGGUGAUAAGCACGGAAGAAAGACAGAAGGUAGGUAGGUAAGGAUGAUACAGCGUGGCGGCAAGGGGCCAGGCGCUACGGCAGGUGUGGCAUUGCCGUGGCAACCAGUUGAUGAGCUUUGACCAUUGACGGGCGUUGACUUUGACUUAAGGGGCCGGCAACGUGGGGCAGGCUGAGUGUCAAGCUAGCUGUGUUUUAGGCCGGGAUGGCACGCUGCACUGCGUGACCAGGGGCGCGACCCCGCGACAUCACCACACAUACGGUAUGUGGAAUCAGGGUGGGACGGUUGUUUAGGUGAACUUGCGAGUGGAUGGCCCAGCGGUUGCGUCCAGCGUCAAUGUGAUCGGGCAGAGCAGCAUGCCAGACCUGGCCCAACAGAGCGGGUUUGCCACCUGAACAGGUAAUGUAACACGUGUUGUUU